AUGGUGAGGGAGCCUCCCAAGAAUGCUCCAGAAUUGUCAGAAUCAGCCCUGCGGCCGCUGCUAGAUGUCAUGAGCUGGCGCAGUGCCGACAGGCCAAAAGACUACUACCAGGAACGUCGUCGAAACGGGGCCGGCCGGGAAGACUUCGAAGAGCCCUGCUAUUGCGGACCACCGUCAUCUCACGGCUAUAACUACGACCGUGGGCGUCAAUACGAUGCCAGCAGAGGAGGCCGACACGGCGUUUACCCGGCUGAUGUGCAUCAACGUUACGGCUACAGUGGGAGGGGCGGCUACCACCGACAGCAAUACGAGAACGCUCCGCCCCACGAUCCCUACGAACGCAAUGUGCGAGGUCAUGCACGGCACUACCGUGGCCGGCCUCCUCGAGGCGUUGUACAUCCGGGAGUAUGUACAACGUCUCGAGGGGGAUGGAGCCGCUGUUCAGAUGCCCUGGUUCAUCAUCGAAAAGGCAACGCCCCUUUGACCGCCGGCGAAAGCCUACUGAACUUCAAGCGAACCGUGAAUCGUAUGAACAGUGAUUACGACCGGUCGGUGCUCUCCGAGAGUUGUGCGUACAGCGUGUCCGAGACCGGCGAUGCGAGGAGUCAGUACAAUGAAGACAACUACGCUGCCCACUGGCACGGUGACGGCGCAGGCGGUACCACGUCGUCGCCGUCGCGCGAUGACUCCAUUGACUGCAAAGAAGCCGUCAGGCGUGGUGGUCCUUUGCCGAGGGACGUUGGCUUCCGGCGGCGUGGUCGUCCGUUCGUCGCCCGCGGCGUCUCGUCAUUGACCAGCUUGAUCAGCGUCUUGUGGGACAUCGAGAACUGCGCCGUUCCCAACGGAGUUCCAGCGUACCAAAUUGUGCUCAAGGUGCGCCAGACGUUUUACGUGGGUUACCGUGAGGGGGACUUCGUCGUCGCCUGCGACACCGCGCGCAUGAGUCCCACCGUGGUCGCCGAGUUGAACGAGGCGCAGGUGACGGUCAUUCACGUGCCGGGCGGCCAGAAGAACGCAGCUGAUGACAAGCUUCGCACGGUGCUGCGCCGUUUCUCCGAUGCGCACAAGCUGACCAACUCGCGCAUCGUGCUCAUUUCCGGCGACGGGGACUUCGCGGCCGAAAUUCACGAGAUGCGCUACACCAACCUCAUUGAAGUUGUGCUCAUUCACAAUGAACAGGCAAAGAGAGCUUUGAGGGACGCGGCGACCGAAAGCAUCAGCUACAGGGAGUUUCUGGCGGACCUCAGCAAUCGCAAGAGAAGUGCACCAAAGGUUGUGAGAACAUUGCAGUUUGACACGCGAAAUGAAGCAAAAAACAAGGGCACAAAACAAGACCUGAAGAAGAGUGUCCCAGCAGUCGUUGACUACGAUAAAGAAAGGCAAAUGAGGGAUGAAUUGACAAACACAGAGAUGCGAGCUGAAGAACAAAGCGCACUUUCGCCCUCCUACCGCACCAAAGUCGGAUUGCUCGUUGCCAGAGAGCCGAUGAACGCUGAAUUCUGGAAGCGGUACUUGUCGCGCUUGAACAUACCAAAAGACUUUACGCUAGAGGUCGGUCACGGUGGCAAAGACGUGGUUUUUCUAGUUUAUCCCAGCUUCAACAAGGCAAAAAAAGCGGUUGAAAUCCUCAACAAUCAGCCUGUCGAUGAUGCGGACAUGCCAGCAUGCCCAAGCCGAGCGACCAGGGUUAAAUCUGCAGUAGCUGCUCACAAAUCAAAGCUCGAGGCUGUCAGAAAUAAGAUAGUUUGCCUCGACGGACAAAAACGAAUCUCGGCACUGUUAAAGGCGGCGUACGAAGAUCAGGCCGCCAUUUACGAGGCUCAAUUGGCACAGUUCUUGAAGACCAUUUCAGACUUGCCGCAGUCGCCACAGAAAGCUGACAAUGCCACAACCACCGAAAUCGCCAGGCUGAAGAGGGCUUCGGUUGUUUACGGCGUCAAGUCAAAAAUUCUCAAGACCUUGUCCGAGCGCCAAGUGCUGUUCGUGACAUCGUCACCAGGAUCCCGAACCGCGCUCGAAGUGGCGUCGUAUGCGCAAGACUUGGACCUACGCGUCAUCAGUGUGCAAUUCAGUGAUCUGUCAGCCGAGCAGUGCUCGAAGAACGCCGUGUCCAUGAGCGGGUUAGGCCCCGUGCAGUGCUGGCUGAAUCCCAAACAGCCGAUCAAGUCUGAAUGUACAGUUGUUGUGACCAGCGCACGGCACUUUUUUCAGGAGUUUGUGCGCCGUGAAGUGGACUUCUCAGACUUCAAGGUCAUCAUCGUGGAUGAGCUGGAAAAAGAGAGCGCUUACCAGCGUGUUGCUCUGGCAAUCAUUCGCAAGCAUUUUGUGUCUCGGGUCAGCGUCAUCCUGUGCGGCAAUGAAUCCGAUGCUUGUACACAAAUUCAAGAAGAGCUUUUUCUGAAAAGCCAGGAUGUCGUCCGGGGCGCCCUCACGUUUCCUGUAGAAAUCAUAAAUAAAGAAAAGCCCGCAAACAGGGUGAUGGCAUGUAUCUCCACUGCUUUAGAAUUCUGCCAGACAUCCGAAGUGUUCGUCGGUGGCGACGUUCUAGUGUUUCUUCCAUCUCUUGCAGACGCUAUCCUCGCAGACGGCAUCUUGCGUCAUAAAAUUAGGGAGGAAGACAUUGGCGUGCCAAUCACGCAUGAAGUUUUGUCCACCUCUUCACCGGCUUCCCCUCAAUCACCACGGAAAGGAUGCUGGAGGGUAAUCUUCACGGCAGAAUGUCCCGACGCUGUCUUGAGUACACUGCAGGUGCGUUGCGUCGUUGACAGUGGACUAACACUGAGGACCAUUUAUCAGAAUGGAACAUUUGUUAUGCAACUCGCUUGCGUAACAAAAGUCGAGGCUGAAAAAAGGAGAACUUUGGCGGGACAACAUGAAAGCGGCACAUGCUACCGCCUCUACGACAAACCUGCACAAAGCUAUUCACUACAAGCCGACCUAUACGACUCAAAGUACUUAGAAGACAUCGUUCUUCGUCUUUCUACUCAAAAGACAAGCUCCGACACAUUCAUUCUCGAUGAGCUCUUCUCGAAGUCACUGCUGGAACAAGUAAAGUCUGCAUUGAAACAAAUUGAGGCGUUCGACAGUCAAGAACAAAUGACUGAUCUUGGUGCUAGGCUGUGUCAAAUUAGCCUUCCGCCUCGGGUUGGUAUGCUUGUGCUCCGCUCCAUUGGCAAGGCUCCAUCCAUAGACGCUGUCCUUUUAUCACUCCUAGUUUUCGAAGACAUGCUUCUUGCAUAUAGACCGCUGAAAGAAGAUGGAAGUCAGCACGACUUCCCGGUGUCUGAGGGAGCCAGCGUUUUCUCUGGGGUGAUUCAAAGGUACAAGGACUGGCUGGUUGUGCCCAAGAAAAUGAAGAGAUCUUGGUGCGAUGUGAAUGGCGUUAACGAAGCCUUCAUGACCUACCUUCACAAUGCAGUUCAAAGGGUGCAGCAGGAAUUCACUGAGUUCCAGGGCAGAAAUCUGGGCGCCGAUUGUGCAAAGGAAGAGAAAACUGCUACAAUCACGUUAAGUGAACUGCUCGCUCAAUCGUUUCCCGAAGGCGUGCUCGAAGCGUGUGAGCAUGGUUAUAAACACCCUAUUUUCGGCGAUGAAUUGCAAGUGUCACCAUUGUCGCUAUUUGACACCGAGGCGACAAAGCCGCAGAAGGUCGUUUGCUGUCUAUUUGCUCAGGUUUGUGGCGAGAAGAACGUGAAACUGCUCAACUUUGCCGCCUUGCCGGAAUCAUUUUGUAAGCGCGAAAGGGACUCCCAAACUUCGCUUGAUGAUCCAACGCUUCCAGAAAUUGUGGAAAUGUUCGGGCCUGUGGGUAAGCUCAUCUGGAAUCACCAGUUCAACUCAAAGCACUCACUUCAGGCCAUCGAGGAGAAGCUGCGUGCUAGGUCAGAUGGCGCUAAGGGUUACCUCGAACUGGACACAGCCGGACAGUGCAUCACAAUAAGAGGGCACGAGAAGUACUGCUCUGAAGCUCAAGAGUGUCUUCAGAACAUCGUCAAGUAGCAGGUAACAAAGCUGUCUCGAAAGGACAAGGAGGCCUUUCUCACACCCCGAAAAUCACCCUACAGCGAUCAUCCUGUGCUCGCCGUUAUUGGCGUAGGAGGUCUCGUCAACGAAGUUCUCUCACCAGCGACCUUUCGGACUAUAGUUGCAUAUGACGUGAGGAUGCCCCAUGCAAGUUUUCGCAAAAGGGUCAAUGAUUUGGGAGAGAUAGUGCAAUACUGGUACAUGAACCAGGAAGCUACGUUCGAGAUCACUUACAAAACGGCGAAAGAAGCAAACCACGCCUACCGCGCCCUUUCUGAACAAGGCAGUGAUUUAAAGGUAUAUGUAAAAGGAGAGUCUCUUGAUUACCGGGAAGAGCAAAGGGCGCGGAGACCGGCGUUCCACGUCCAGAUCUCCCUACCGCGUCGUCUAUGCACAGGUACUGCGUUCGUCCACCUACCCGACCAGGCAUCGUUCAACCGCGUGGCGGGGCGGCUGCCUCUGGCAGUCCCUUUAGACAACACCACAGUUACCAUUCAUCGUGACAAGAAGGUACCUUGUCAAUUAUACAUUACAGGCUUGCCUCCGACGGUGAGCCAAUCGACGCUGUCGGGUCUCAUUCGUGAGUCGCUCUCAGCGGACGUCAAGAGUGUUGGCCUCGUCCGCCAAGCUGCAUACAACACUGCUCCCGAGAAUCUGCGAACAUUAGGAGAUGCUGUACAGGAAGUGUUUGACGAAGAGCUCGGCGAAUGCUGUCCAAAGCUUGUCCUCAACGUCCCGAGGCCCGAAGACUAUGUCGAAAAGGGCUGGAUGUCGUUCGAAGAUCCUGUACGGGCUCAGGGCGCUUGCACGCUGCUCAAAGGCUCAACCGUUACUGUCAACCACAGCGGAGAUGGCAGGAGUGCCACGUUGCCGAUGGCAAUACAUAUUCUUAUGGAAGAUACGCUCUGCUUCCCACGCUCAUUCUUCGAGGCAAUACAGGGCCGAAUCGAAGAUGAGUUCCGUCGUCAAGAAGGGUUGCGACAGGAGGAUAACUUUAAAUGCGACGCUACACCUUGCGGUGAUGCGGUACAUGUCAAGCUAAAGGCCAACAACCUAAGCGACUUUCACAAGGCUGUUCAUCUUUUCAACAAACUGCUUCUCGGCCCCGACGUCCCUCGCGUCGACGGUCGCGUGUGCCCUGAGCGAAUUACGGAAGUGCUCAAGGCUGUGGCACCUGGUGGUGGCAUCUUCGUGUACCGCAAGUCCGGCGAAUCUCGGUUGGUCGGUGACGCACAGCUCAUCCAGUCAGCAAGCGACAUGCUAAAAAGGCACACCAACGCCUGGGAAAAGCGACAGAAGAAAAAGCUACCACUAGUAGGCGAAGAGUUUACUCUGUUGAGGUCAUACAUAAACACGCUGGGUGACGACCCUUGGUAUCUGGCCAAGGAACGCAAGCUGGACGCCGCUACCUUUGAUUGGCAAUUUGAAGCAAUCGAAAUUCUCGGCACGGAGGCAGCCGUAAGAGAGGCGGAGCAACUUGUAAAUCAGCUGCGAAAAGUUCGACUGGACGCGAGAUUGACGAACGAUGCCGAAGGUCGCUGUCCGAUUUGCCGAGAACCACCAAGCACUGCUCAAGAGGACGGGGCAUCAACGUCCGGGCACCGCCUUGAGCUGUGCGGCCAUUGGCACUGCGGGGCGUGCCUGCUUCUAGCCCUAAAGAGAGCUCCCCUGCCGCUGGCGUGUUUUGAAAAGGGCUGCGCGUCACCGUGGGCGAUAGCCGACAUCACCCACGUGACAGGCAACAACCAUGAACUUCUGAGCGACCUUGCACGAAGGUCCUUUGAGGGGAGCGUCGCAGCUGACUCGGAAGGAAGAUGGCUGCCCUGUCCGACACCCGAAUGCCCCUUUGCACUGGGUUCCAAACGGGACGCAGAGGCACAGGGCGUGCACGUAAUCGGAGAUGUGCACGUCUGUCCCGGAUGCACAAACGCCGUCUGCUUCCGGUGCCAGUCACUGUACCAUUACGGAAUCUCGUGCACUACAUUCAAAGACUUCAUGUGUCCGAAUGGUGCAAACGACAAGUCAUGGCUCAGCAAAGAUCCGGGAAUGCGAGCCCUCUGCCCCUCAUGCAAAGUGCGACUGGAACGGAACGCCAACAAGAAAGUGGGCGCCUGUUGGUCCUGCCGACGCCUGUUUUGCUGGCGCUGCCACCGUAGCUUCGAGGACGAUGCCGCUGCUGCCAGGGGUCACCGCAAACAGUAUUGUCAGCUGGCUCUGCCGCUCGGUAGUGACACGUGUUGCAUCAUGUGACAUCUCUCUGCCUACUACGGCGGGGUCUGUGUCCCUACGUGGUUCAAGGCUUGUUCAGCCUUGUACUUCUACAUGCCUGUGGUAAUCGGCCUAUUCGCGGUAUAAGUAGUUAUGGCUUUGGUCUUGUACCAGUUCAAAUGGCGCUGAGAGUAGGUAUGACUUUGUGCUUAAGCUCGAGUGCAUAUUCACGCCAGGUUCAAGAUUGUCUGUGAUUGCAACGAGUUUGCGUGAAUCGCUUUCGCUUGACUAAAUUUGUCGCGCAAACUCUUUCGCAAAAAACGGUUGUCCCAGUUAUGCAUGUUGAGGAGUAUUGUGCGUUUAAUAUAAAAACCUGUCGCGUCAACAUCACUAUAUUUUAUGACAUGAAAUCGCACGUCACUCGGCAAUGUUACCAGAACAGGACGUCGCUACAAAUAUUUAUCCAUACUACUCUUAAAUGACAGAGCUGUUUGCUCAUGUUUUGGCUUUUAUUACAAAUAUU